AUGCCACCCAAACUUUCCAAAGCCGAGAAACUGGCAUUGAUUGUGACGCACUUUCGGACCACGGGAACCUGCUAUACUCUUAAGGAAUUGGAGAAGAGCUUACCGGGUGUGGCCUCCAUCAAUAGCAUCCAAGUGAAGGAGUACAUCCAAGCGCUUACGGACGAGAACCAAAUUCGAGUUGAAAAGAUCGGCAGCGGGAACUGGUACUGGAGCUUCGCGAGUGAGGAAAAGGCCCAGCGGGAGCGGGAAUUGGUCCGGGUGCGAACGGAAGUGGAGAAAGCAAAGAAAUCUCGUACCGAGUGGGAGGCGGCUCUGGCCGCUGAAAAGAUGCGAAGAGAGCAGGACGAAGAUGAAAUUGAUGAACCAGAAGUUCCACAAGAAAAAGAAAACAAAGCUAAUACAACUGCACCUGCUGAUGAGAAGGAAAACGGGAUCGACAUGCGCCAGAACCUACUUGAUACCAAGGCCGAACUCGCAGCGGAGGUACAUCGGCUUCGGGUGGCAGAGACGGGGUUGGGCGACUCGGUAGGUAAGAGUAUAUCACUCUUGCAGGGAGAGGUAGCGGGGUUCAGGCAGCAAACGAUUCAGUGGACGGAUAACCUGUACAUCCUUGAGCAGUAUCUGCGUGAAUUGGCCUGCGGGGACCGGGAAAUUGUCACGGCAGUACUGCAUGAAUGCUAUGGAGACGAGUACGUGGACGGGGGGUUGCGCGAACUGGAAUGA